AAAAUUAUACUAAAAAAAUUACAUUAAAAAAAUUAAGAAAAUUAUCAAAUCUAAAUCUUCUACGGAUAAAAUUUCAAGCGCUAUAUAUAUAAUAAUUUAAAUCCCGAUAUAAUCGGACAUAAAAAAUGAAUAACGGAUAAUCGCUCUUCUAAAUUCUUCGAAUUUCAAAUCAAUAACCCCGGGGUUUUCCCAGUGUGCGGGGCGACUCGAUGUUCUCCGCCACCUUACAUCGUCGCGCUGCCAUCGAAUCUAUCCUCAUAUCCGGAACCCUGGCCUCGUUCUCUACUGCAACCGUUACUUCCACCUCAUAUGCACUUCCAUUAUCCGAUCCCCUUCUCGAACAAUUCCUCCCCUGCCGCACACACCCCCAGCCUCGUCUCGGUCUAAUUCUUCGCCUCGAACUCCUCCGUCAACUUGCCACGGCUCUGAAAACCGAUCCUCAAUGCUCCACCGCCGCUUCUUCCCUCCUCCUAGGAUUCCACUCGGCCCCUCUCGCCGACCUUCUUUGUUCUCUCCGCAACCCCCGCCCUGCUCUCUCUUUCUUACUCAUCGCCUUCCCCAACCUCUCGCCUGAUGCCGUCGUAUUCUCUUGCGACGUAGCUUUCCUCAUCUUCUCAACCGAAAAGUUGAAACCUUUAGCACAAGGCAUCCUCUCCGGUCUCCUCCACCGCCUCAGCCCUCACCGCGCCACCGAGCUCCUCCGCUGGGCUGCUCUCCAUCACUCUUACUCCACUCACUAUCACGCCCUCCACCUCGUCCUUCGCGCGUUUCUUGGCGCUGGUAUGGUAUCAGAGGCGCUCCAAGCUUUGUCAGAGAUCCGGCGCGCGGGUAAUACCCCGAGUCUCUCAGUCCAUGCUAUUCUUCUCCGGCUUCUCUUCAGGACGGGGGAUUCUCGAAAUGCUUGGAAAUUGUUCCGGGAUAUGAUUCUUCGAGGUCCUCGCCCGAGCGUCAGGACCUUCAAUGCGAUGAUUCUUGGAUCAUGCCUCAAAGGAAGGGUUGCAGCCGGCGAAGGGCUGUUUUGGUUGUUUCCAAAGUAUAAACUUGAGCCGGAUGCUUGCAGUUUUAAUAUUGUUAUGAAAGUGCAUUGUUUGUUUGGUCGUGCGGGGAAUGCGUUCAAGCUGUUUGAUGAAAUGCUUGAGUUGGGACAUGUGCCUAGUAUUGUAAGUUAUAAUAUUUUGAUCAACGCGCUUUGCAGGCAAGGGAGGAUGGAGGAGGCAAGGAGGUGGUUUGAUCGUAUAGUGGAAGAUGGGCAUGAGACAAAUAUUAUUACUUAUAAUGUCCUUUUGAAUGGAUAUGUGAAGGCUGGGCAGAUUGAUCUUGCUAAUUCUACUUAUGAAGAGAUGGUGAAGAAAGGAAUUUCGCCCGAUUUUUAUACAUUCAAUAUACUUGUGUCAGGGCACAACAAGUUCCGCAAAGAUUGGAAAGGACUGGUUCAGAACUUGUUUAGAGAUGCAUUAAAUGAUGAGGUAUGUACUCAUAUGUUAAUCUCAAGCCUUUGUUGGAAUGGGCAGAUGGAAGAUGCAGUAUCUCUGAUGCCCAGAGAUGCCAAGGAUUGUUUGCUGCCUAGUGUUGCAGUUUUUAAUUCAAUUAUUGCUGGCUAUAGCAAGGAGGGGCUGGAGGAAGAAGCUAUCAAUAUGUAUAGAGUAAUGGUGGAUGAAUUUGGCCUUGUGCCUUCUGCUUCUACUUGGCAAUCUUUGCUCUUAGGAUUUUGCAGGGGAGGAAGGAUAAGUGAAGCUAAAGAGCUUUUGUAUGAGAUUGUGGAGAGGAGAUUAAAUGUGGGUAUAUCAGCUUUCACCAUAUUUAUAGAUGGGUGCUUUAGGUUUGGCAGAGUAUCUGAAGCUCUAGAUUGCUUGAAUUACAUGGAAAGGAAGGGUAUCCUGCUUGAUGUCGUUGGCUUCUCGGCCUAUAUAAAUGGCCUUUGUCGAGUGAAGUGCGUGGAAACAGCCCAAGAAGUUUUCAAUGAAAUGCGUAGGAGAGGAUUGAUCCCUAACAAUCUUAUCUAUAACUCUCUAAUAUCUGGCCUGUUCAGAAUAGGUGAAAGCAAAGAAGCAUUGAAGUUGGAAGCAGAUAUGAUGUGUAAUGGACUGAGUCCUGACAUAUUCACAACAAACAUUGUUAUUCAUGGUUUCUGUCAGCAGAGAUGCUUGGAGAGGGCUGAUGGCAAGUUCCGACAAAUGGGAUGGAGUGGAUUAUAUCCAGAUAUCGUUACUUUUAAUACAUUAAUUGCUGCGUGUUCUAGAGCUUUUGAACCUGGACGUGCAGAAAGAUAUUUUGAGCUAAUGGCUUCAAGAGAUUGCAAACCAGAUAUUUUUACUUAUAAUAUAAGGAUCCAUAGCCUCUGCAGCAGCUACAAAACCCCUGAGGCAAUAAAGAUAGUAGAUAUGCUCAUCUCAGAUGGCUUUACUCCUAACACAGUCACUCAUAACACUGUGAUGAAUGGCAUAUGUGCUGAUAGUCUUGGUCGUGCCAUGAUAUUAUCUGGAAAGUUGAUUAAGAUGGCCAUUGUUCCAAAUGUUGUUACGGUCAACCUCCUUCUGUCUCAUUUCUGUAAACAAGGGCUGGCUGAGAGAGCCUUGAUUUGGGCAGAAAAGUUCAAAAAGGUCUCCUUUGAUUUUGAUGAUGUGACAUUGCAUAUACUGGACAAAGCGAGUAGUUACCUGCAGAAAGAGUCAGAGGCCAAAGUGGCCUCAGGCAAAGAUUUGUUUUUAGAGUUCCUCAUGCACAUCACAUAUGAGUUAAUAUGCAAUAAUAAUCAAGCAUAAACCUUUGACCAUUACAAGCUUAGUCGAUAAUGGUCUUACCGGCGCUUCGACGAUGAUGUGAAAUGGCAAAAAGCCAUAUAGAGGUUUGCUCCCACAAUUUUUCAUGGAUGAGAAUUCAGCUUCUCUUUACCCUGCUAAUAUUGUUGGCUUAUUGUUGGUCAUCUGAGAUAUCUCCAAUUGAAAUUUGCUUGAUGUGUAAACGAUAGGACCAUUCUGCUGAGUUUUGAGGCCUGCAGCAAAACUUUUAAAUAAAUUUAUCUUUUCUGGAAGGGACAUACCAUUGAAAAUUUCUGAAGAAGACAUGCGUGAAUACUGUAAAUUUACUUCCAUUCUCAUUCAGCAUGACUGAAACCAAGAAGAGGGAUCAAAACCCAGGCAAAUUUUUUCAACGAUGAAACUGGCAUCUUCAGGAGGUUUAAUGGCGAACAACAAUAGAAGAGACUUUGCAGCGAUGCCUUCAUGCACUUUUACACAAGAGCUAUCUGGGAACCUCCAAGUGCCGUUUCUCUCUUGGCAGGUGAUGUGGAACAUCUUAGCUAAAGUUUACCUUAGGAUUAUGUUAUUAGUUUGUUACAUAGAAUAUUUUAUGACUAGUUUAUAUAUGCUAGUAUUGUAGUAGGAAAAGACAUUGAUGAAUAUAUAUCCCUUUUGAAGUUUUAA